UGCACAACGGGUGUAAUGCCCCAAAAAUCUAAGGACGAAGAAGAAUAAGAUGCACACACAAGUUAGAUUUCAACAGAAGUAGUGUGUUCAUUUCAUCUUCGCUGAUUUUAAUUUUACACAACCAAUGAAGAACAUACAUUUGUACGAUCCAGUGUUUACUCAAAAGAAGAUCUGCUGAAUAAGACACCUCAUCCAGAAUGCGUCCUGCUCUAAACACGAAAACAAAACAGUUGGAUCGAUACAAGUAACGUUAGAAGAUAGCGCGCACCAACUGUGCCCUUCUAAAUCGGGUAUCAAAACAGUCUGUAUAAAUUACCCUGGUGCUGUUUUGCAGGAGAAAGUGAACAUGGAGCCUGCGAGUCUGGAGAAUCUCAGUGUUUUGUACCACAGCGAAAACUAUAUAGUUGUUAACAAACACUGGGACAUCCGUAUUGACAGCAAAAUGUGGUACGAGAAGCAGACUGUUCAGAGUCAGCUGAAGCAUCACUUCCCAGAGCUUGCAGAUCCUGGCACCUAUUAUGGCUUCAGGUUUUGUCAUCAGCUGGAUUUCUCUACAAGUGGAGCUUUAUGUGUAGCACUGAAUAAGGCAGCAGCAGGGCAUGCAUACCGCUGUUUUAAAGAGAGACUGGUUACCAAAGCUUAUCUUGCGCUGGUCCGUGGCACUGUGGCUGAGGAAAGAAUGACUCUGGACUUUGCAAUUGGCAAGAACACAACAGAGGGCAAGACCCAUAUGAUGUGCAUUGAAGGAGCAGAAGGAUGUGAGAAUCCUAAACCCAGCCAGACAGAGCUUACGGUUUUAGAGUAUGGAGCAUAUGAAGGAGAUCCAGUCACAAAAGUGCUUUUGCAGCCUCUGACAGGACGGACGCACCAGCUCAGAGUCCACUGUAGUGCUAUUCAUCACCCCAUAGUGGGAGAUUACACCUACAGUCUACGGACAGACAACACUCCUUAUCGCAUGAUGUUGCAUGCGUACUUCCUGCAUAUUCCACAAGAGAAGGAACCAAUCCAGGUUAUAGCCCCAGAUCCUUUUCUGCCCAGCCUGGACUCCAAAUGGGCACCACAAAGGUGUGUGAACCCUCUAGAUGAUCUACUGAAGAAUAUUUUAACAGAGCCACAAGCUGAGAUGAAAGAGAGCCAAGAAGAACCAGAGACAGUGCACAGGAGGAGCAGCAGCCCAGUGGAGAGCGAGGAACAAAAGGCUCAGUGUCAGCGGUGGUUGUGUGAAUGGAAUCUUGACUAAUGAACUUUUAUGCUUGGUAGCCUGCUGGUGUGCACUAUACCAGGGAUGCUACACCACAAUGAUUCCCUUCUUUUAAAGGCAGCUUGUACA